GCGCGGAGGGGGCGCGCGGGCGGCAUCUCGCGAGAACAGCGUGAGGCGGCGACGGCGGCCAUGGCGGACGGGGCCGGUAGCAACGGGGACGCUGCGGGGCCGCUGGUGGGCAAAGAGGCGGUGGAGCGGCUGAUCCGGGAGAACGGACACAUUUUCACCGAGGCGCAGUGCAAGGUGUGCAGCGCCCUGCUCAUCUCCGAGUCACAGCGGCUGGCUCACUAUCAGAGCAAGAAACACGCCAACAAGGUGAGACGGUACCUGUCCAUCCACGGCGGGGAGGAGGGUGCCCACGGGAAGAAGAUGAAGCUGGAGGUGAAGCAGGACAGCAAGCAGGAAGGCAGCAAUGGGGAGGACAGGAACAAGUGUUGUCCCAUCUGCAACAUGACCUUCUCCUCUCCGGCCGUGGCAACAUCUCACUACUUGGGCAAGACUCAUGCCAAGAACAUGAAGCAGCAGGCCCCCAAAGCAGAAGAAACGGUGCCCCCACAGAAACACCCUGCUGCCCUCCCCACCUCUACCGCAUCUUCUAAUGAAGAGAACAAGGACAUUACUGACCCGGACAAGUUCUGUAGCCUCUGCCAUGCCACUUUCAACAACCCCCUUAUGGCAAAACAGCACUAUGUAGGCAAGAAGCACAGAAAGCAGGAGACUAAACACAAGCUGAUGGCACACUAUGGGCGAACCGCUGAUGCACCAGCAUCAUCCUUCAUGGCUGGGAAGGGCUACCCCUGCAGCACAUGUAACAUAGUGCUGAACUCCAUAGAGCAGUACCAAGCUCACAUCAGUGGCUUCAAACACAAGAAUCAGAUGCCAGGAGCAGUGCCGGUUGUCGGACCGUUCCCGCCACAACAGUAUGUCCGGGAAGAGUCAACUGGCCCGGGAGGCUACAGUUACUUCAGCCAAGACCUCUAGAGCAAGUUGCAGCACUAUUCUUGGAGUUCUUGGUGGCCCCAGAACGCACAUCCUUUGCCAGCCCACAAUGGUUUCAUUAUCCCUCUGGAUAAGCAAAGCCCUACCCUCCUGUAUACACCCGUUGAGUAGAACGGGGACUGAAUCUGUCAGGAAAAGGAUCCAGCUGGAAGAGACUUGCUAGACAGCAAAUACUUCACUCCCUUAGAGUA